AUGAGGCUUUUGUGUUACACAUUUCCAAUGCAUGCACACCCCUCGAUUGAUGCAGGUCGAGGGUGAGCCUAGAAAUGCCGUCAUUCUCAGCAAUUGUCGAGGCUUUCGACAGGACAUUUGUCUAUGAGUAGAGAAUUAAGGUAUCCCCUACCUAUACCCGACCCCACCAAUGAGCGGGCAGGAUUAACUGAUCGCUGAUUCUUAAUCUCGGUCGCCCACGACCGUGGACCCGGACCGCAGCCCCCGAAAGGGUUUUUUACCCUUAUCUGGAAAUCUUCCUUCAGGGCCCUCUGUUGAUCCAAUCAGAUUGGAACCAAAAAAGAGUUUCACAACGAUUCGCGUUUAGCUCUUAAUUUAGUUCGAGGCGGUUUCGCGUUAGCAUUUGAUGGUUUUUUUUUUUUACUUUAGCCUCCCCCCCCGGUUUCCUGAUACGUUUAAAAUUAGCGAAUUGACGUGGAUCGGACUGCCGAAGUUCUGUUUCAUCUAGGAAUGCGUAACACACAAGUUUGCCCUCCAUCAAGGCUGAAACUGUGCUACUUCUCCCCUCCUCUUAUCAACAAGACUGUCACAAGUCAUUCAGUGUCCCCAGUAUGGCCAUGCACUUCAUCCACGGUAACACCAUCCGAGGGAACUCAAAACCCGCCAUCCUGGGACGGCGGGCGAGGUCAUCUUCACACACGGCCGUAGGGCUCACUGCCCCACUAGUCGCCCGUGGCUCAGCCGCAAGCAUUGCUAGUUUAGGUACUCUUGGUUGCAGGAGGCCACCGGAUUUGUCGAAGAAUGAAAACAAGUUCAACGUUUUGACCAGUCCACCAGAAAGGAGAGGCUUCUCGUUCGACAGUGCUCCGUGCCUUGUCCGUAGAAGGUUUGCAGCCUCGAUCUAAAUCUUAGUUGGAGGAACUAAAUCUUAGCUGCAUACGCAGUGACCCUGGACAGGUGAUUCGGUGCCUUAGUGGCUUGGCUGUAUGAUCGCUUAUUCUCUCCAUGGGUGUCCGUGUGUAAAGAUACUUGAGAGAGCCGUCAGACAGGGUUUUGAUGGUCAUAAGGGAAAGGUGGAAAAGCC